AUGUCCGCCGCCGCCAACCCAGGUCUGUUCACCCUCCCGACCUUCACCAUCAACAACCUCUUCGGCGUCCCUAUCUUAACAAACGCCAGCGGCACCCCACACAGGCGCCUUAUUCCCUUUGGCUCCGUGGCUGUAAUCUUCAUCCUGGACGCACUUUUCCAGGACUAUGUUUUGGGCAGGUCCCUCGCCGACGAUCAGGCCUCAGUUUACAGGGCGGCGGAGUCUCGCAUCUCCGCUUCGCCUGGGCUGGACGGGCGAGCUUGUGUGUUGAGGUUCAUCUGUGAGCUUCGCAAGAACCCAAUACAGGAGUGGACUAUCGUGGGGGAGCUCCUGACGAUGCUCUUUACGCCUCGGGAGAACGGCAAGGGGAUACUGAAGGAUUACUUACAAGCUAUCGAAGUAGGCGACGAAGAAGACCCAGAUUCCUGCUACAACGCCUACGCCUUCAAAUGUCCCCUCAGCGUCUUCAACUACUUCAGGACCCUGCAAGAGGAAGAGGAGGAGGAGGAGGAGGAGUUAGAGGAGGAUGAGGAAGAGGAGGAAGAGGAAUAUGAUAACUACUACAGGAGCUUUCAGGAGGAGGAGGAAGAGGAGGAGGAGGAAAAAUUAAGAAUACUUGAGGAGGAGGAGGAUAUAGAGGAAGAGGAGGGAGAGAAAGAGGAAGAGGAAAAUUUAUCAAGGAUACAUGAGGAGGAGGAGGAGGAGGAGGAAAAGAAGAAGGAAGAUGAGGAAGAAGAGGAGGACUUAGCAAGGAUACAUAAGAAGGAUAAGGCGGAGGAGGCUGAGGAGGAAGAGAUGACCUAUUAA